AUGGCUAUUAGAAUUCCUACAAGACCUUAUCCGCAGUUUUCAUUGAAGAUUUCAAAUUCGAAUCCAAGCUUACUAGGAAAGCCUCAAGGGCUGAAUUCCAAAUCACCUGACGAUAAAAAUCCCAAAUCCCCAAUGAUACUUCCGAGUUUAAGUUCUAUCAACGCUAACUCUAUCAGUAAAAUAAGAAAAGUAAAAAAGUCACACACUUUGAAAAUAGACAGAUCUGCAAGCUCCUUGCAUAAUAGCCCGACCUUAAACGAAAUAGUCCCGCACAAAUCUCGGCCAAGCUUUAGCAGAUCAACCCAGCUAAAAUUGACUGCGGACCCUUUAGGCAGUUCUCCACUUUUUGAUGACUUAUAUGAAGAAGAGGAAAAAGAAAUUCCAUCCCCUAUUCUGCAUAGUGACAUUGUGGAAGAAGACUUGUCUAACUCAGUUUUUAACCCGCAGCCAGUUGAUGCUGACAUCUCACAAAUGCCACAUUGGCACAAAAUUCCUGAAAAUACUAAAAAAAAUGAUAUAGUUGAACCUCUACAAAUAAAAAAACCACAAGGUCUUAAGAUCAGGGUGGUGAAAAAUAACCAAAGUUUAUGCUCUUCGAGAUCUCAAGAAAAUCUUUUAAGAGAUGCAAGCUAUUCAAGAAUAUCAGACAUAAACAAUACUGGGAUGCAGCUAGGAGACACAAAAAGAGUUGAGACUAAUUCGUCCUCAAAUAAAAGUAAAAUGAAAGAUCAUUUAUACCAGACAUUUCAAGCUAUGGAAUACUUGAAUUUGCAUCCAGCACUUGAUAUGGAUCUUAUUAGAUGCAGAAAAAUAAACUUAAUUCUCUCUGCAUUAAAUGAGCAAAUUUUGUUGCUCAUCAUGAAAGAGGUAAUUUUUUAAUAAAUCUCACACAAAAUUUUAAAAAAAUUAUUGAAUUUAUCUAUAUAAUUUAUGCUUUGGAACGUAAGCUGUCUAAUUUAAUUGACUUCUAGAGAUUUCACUAUAAAAGCCAUUAUUUAUAUAUCAAAAUAUUUUAUAUAAAAACAUUCUUAUUCGCUCAAGGAUUUGAUUUUUAAUGAUUACCUACUGAGAAGUUACGAAGAAAACCUGGCUUUGAAACCAAGAAAACAGUAAUCUUUGACUUGGAUGAAACAUUAGUUCAUUGCGUGGAUCAUGAAAUUGAUGAAUCCCCAGAAGCAAUAAUCCCAAUAAAAUUCCCAAAUGGGAUGGUAGCGAAAACCAAAAUAAAAGUCAGACCUUAUGCAAUAGAAUGCUUAAGAGCUGUGAGUAAAAUAUGUGAAGUGAUAGUUUUCACUUCCUUUAACCAAGCUCAUGCAGAUGCCAUUAUUGAUUUUUUAGACCCUAAAAAAGAAUUUAUCCAUCACAGACUAUACAGAGAUAGCUGUGUAAUAAUUAAUGGCUUAAUUAUUAAAGACCUCAGGAUUCUUGAUAACAGAAACUUAGAAGAUAUCAUCAUAAUAGACAAUUCAGUUUAUAGCUUUAUGUACCAGCUGGAUAAUGGCAUCCCUAUCAUUACUUGGGCUAAUAAUGAAAAUGACAAAGAGCUGCUGAACUUAGUCAAUUAUAUUGCAAAGCUUGCAAAAUCUGAUGAUAUCAGAAAAAUAAACAGAAAAACCUUUAAACUUCAUAGGUUUUAUAUGGACUAUCUCAAUGAAUUCACAAGAGACAACUCGAUAAGACAACAAAAAUUAAUUAACUAA